AUGUGGAUCUCUGGUGGUUGGAUUGAGGAGUUGCUUAUCAAGUUGAUCUACGAGUUCGCAUCAGUUCCCCGCGCGGGGGGUCUGACGAAGCUCGGGUUGGCCCGGGGGCCCGCCCCGGUUCUGGCCGCAUCACGUGAUACCCACACACGCGCGUAUCAGGUGAUCCCACCUAUCGAUUCAUCGAGUUAG